AUGAGUCUGCCUCUUCCAUAAAGGUUCCCCAGCAAACCGUUCAUCCGCAUUCCGCCUUGGAGAACUCAAACCCAAUCCUCAAAAUGACAACUAAAGUUUUCUUCGAAAUCACCGUCUCAGGUGAAAAAGCUGGCCGGAUUGAAAUGGAGCUGGAAUCUGGCGUAGUUCCAAAGACUGCUGAGAAUUUCCGGGCACUGUGCACAGGGGAGAAGGGCUUCGGCUACAAAGGCUCCAGUUUCCAUCGGGUCAUCCCAGGCUUCAUGUGCCAGGGAGGUGAUUUCACCAGAGGCGAUGGAACCGGUGGCAAGUCCAUAUAUGGGGAGAAGUUUGCUGAUGAGAACUUCCAGCUGAAGCACACAGGUGAAGGUAUCCUAUCCAUGGCCAAUGCUGGUCCUGGCACCAAUGGCUCCCAGUUCUUCCUCUGCACAGCAAAAACUCAAUGGCUGGACGGCAAGCAUGUGGUUUUUGGCAAAGUGGUGUCAGGCAUGGAUGUUGUCAGGAAGAUGGACAAACUAGGAACUAACGGUGGCAAACCAAAAGCUAAAAUUGUGAUUGCUGAUUGCGGCGAAUGUUAAAUGGGGCUUUGUGUAUUACCAUUCCCUUAAGAUGAGCACAUCUUAAAUCUGUAAACACCCAUCCCCUUGAAUAUCUUAACUGUAACAUCUAAAUUGACCAAUUAUUAAAGAAACAUUAUUAUUCGGCCCACUUAUAAGGCAAAUGUUUAUGUUUUUCGUGUAGGAUACUCUGUAUCAUUGCUAUAAAUUGUUGGAUGAUUGGUGACACCCUUUGAUAAUAAACAGUAAAUUAACAA